AUGACUAGUCAACAAACAACGGCCGGAGCUCAAGGCGGCCUAAACCAGCCAGGCCCGGCGCCAGGCACGGCAGGGCCACACCGUCACGAUAUAAUCAACAAGCUGGAUCCUACCGUCGACAGCCAAACUGGGGGCGCCCAGGUCCUGGCGUCAGGGAUGAAUACAUCAGCGCGAGGAGCUACCGCCGCACAGCCGCCUGCUGCCCAGGCCGCUGCCCAUGUUGAAGGCGGCAGCAACAAGAAUGAGCCAAGACACAUCUCCCGCAUGGGCAACGUUCUCGAUCCGCGGGUAGACAGCAGCAAGAUUCCAGAGAGCGGCCUGGGAGAGCGCCAGGCUCCCGGAGCUUCCACCACAUCGUCAGCCAACGCUCCAGAGGGCACGCAUGGACCGCACUCGACUCGAAUGGCAAACACUCUGGAUCCCCGCGUCGACUCUGACCUUUCCGGCAACAAAGGGGGCGUGCCAGCGCAGGGCCAGGCUACUGAGGCGCAGCCUGCCCCUACCACGACCGGUCCGCAUACCACCGACACGAUGAACAAGCUGGAUCCGACUGUGGAAAGCCAAUCUGCCCAGCCGCAGGCGCCACAUAGAUCUGUCUAA